CGGAAGCGGCGUUUUUAAAAAAAGGACGGUUUGGGAGGGGAAGAAGAGGGCACGGAGUUCCGGCAGCCCGCUUCCGGUUGGGGAAGAAUUUUGCUCGGGGCCGGCCGGAAGGAGAGGCGAGGCCGGAAGCGGUUGCCAUGGCGACAGCCGCCGCCCGUCGCGGCGGGCGUCCCUGAGGGUAGGUACGCGGGUGGGGACGGAGGGAGUUGCUAUGGCAACGGCGGAGGCAGAUUUCCGGAAUGCUGCGGGGAGAAGCGCAGGGGCGCAAAACGUCCCGCAAGGAGCCUCGGUCCCCGGAGGAAGUUCUGGUAACGCGAUUUCCUUGGAGAUGGGAAAUGCUUAAAACGACUUUUCUUCUUUCUUUCUUUCUUUUUUAAGAAAAAGAAAAUUUAAAGCCGUUUUGUAUAUAAAGAUGCUGAAAGCAUAGGCUUAGCCCUGGUAGACAUAAGGACCCUGUUUUAGUUCCGUUCUGUGGAAAAGCUCCUAGUGUUGUUGAAGCCUCCGCAAAGGAAGCAGGAGUAAGCUAACGUGCCUUUUCCCUUCCCAUUUUCGUCUUUUCGCUUUUGUGAUCUAGCUAGUUGGCAAUCCCUAGCAGCAGAUCAGCCUUACCUCUGAAGGUUGCCUGUCAUCACAAAAAACUCUUUGGAACUUUUUGCGGCAGAAGAAAUCAACUCCUUGGUUUGCGUUUUGAUAUUUUACAGAAAGAGGAAGCCAAACAAACAUGUAAAAAGCAGGAUUCUGUAUAAGAGGGUUUAAGCAUAAGUGUGCACGAAUUGAGGUUAUUAAAAGCGAUAGGGUUUUUUUGCUUAAGGUAGCAAAAUUACCUUGUCUCUUAGGGAGAGCUGUCCACUUCUUGUGCUUGCUCCUAUAAGCUCUUCCUUUAACAGCAGUUUGAUCUUCAGUAAGGAUCAGGUGAUCUCGACCCCACAUUGCUUAGUGAUUGUAGUUAACUUGUUUAUAAACAAGUUGUUUAUAAACUUAUACUUUGUUCAUAAACAGUUGCAUAUAAAUUGCUUAAAUGAAAAUCUGGAGAAGCUUCACCAGUUGAUUUUUUGAAGAUCAAAACUCUGUUAAAGAAACACAAGCUGGGCUAGGCUGGGGGUUUUUCCUCAUCCCAGUUGGUGACCCCAGUUGAGGGAUGAAGAAUGCAUGACCUUCUAGACUGUUUUAGGUACGUCCAAUAUAGGCACGACUGCACACUCACGCAUUGCUCCAAAGAUGGAAGUGACCUGAAAACGUCACAAAAGGGGCAGGGCAGGGCAGGAACGGGGUGUUUGCAGGCUUUUUCAAUGGGGGGUUGCGUAUAUAAAACUGCCAUGGUCUCUGGGUUUGGUGGUAGUUGAAAGUCCAACAACAUAUGGUGGGCCACAGGACUAUCUCCCCUGCCCUAUUUGAACAUCUUAAGUUUGACUUGGUAGUGGUGUCUUAGUGCAACUAGAAGCUGAUCUUGAGCCCAAUCUUGUAUUUCAACAGAGACUCCUUCCAGACGUCCCUGAUUUGAAGUUACUCUGUUGCUGAGAUGCUACCUUCCAAAAAGCAGCAGCAGCAGCAUCCCUGGAGAUCUACUGAGGAAAAAGUGAGGCCUCAGUCAGCAGCAGUGAACUGGAACGUGUUAGCUGAGAGGACGCAGCAUGUGGUAGCUGUUGGAGCUUGGGUGGAGAGUGCCCAAGAUGAUGCAGUGCAAGAAGAGAACACAGUUUUUGUAAGUACUAAGAAAGGAAACCCCAUAUACAACAGUAUUUUUGAACUUUCCAAAGCAUCAUUUUCUGAAAGACGAUAUUUUCUACUGAGCAGGAUCAGUGGUCCAUCUAGCCCAAUGCUAUCUUCUCCAGCUGGCAAACUCUAGAGCUGCUGCUGGUGGGGGUGUUGAAUGAGGAACUACAGAUUGUCAGGAUUGUAUUUGCUAUCUGAGAAUGUUAACAAAGCCUCAUAUUUGUAAUAUAAUUUGUAAUGUCUGUGUUUUUUUGUUUUUUUAAAAAACUUUUCUUGAAAUCUAGGUUAUAUAAUUAUGUUACAAACCCAGCUUCUAUUCUUGCAUAACUUGUUGGUGGUAUGCCAUUGAUCCUUUCUGAAUUAUUUUCUUAAACCAGAGGCAGGCAUAUUUGAGUCUUGGGUGAUCUUGGUCUCCCUUUAAACACACACACACACACACACACACACACACACAUCCUACUGUCUGCCAGUGGCCUGGUUUACAUGUAAAGCUAAGCCAAACCAUUGAUUACUAUGAACAAGCAAGAGCAAAAAUUGUGACUUCUUCACUCUUUCCCUGGCCAUGCUACCUGUAGCUAAGCCAUAGAUUGCCUUAGCAUUAACAUGAGAUCUGGGCCAGUGUAUUAAAAGUUCCAAACAAGACUGAAUAUUUGGGAUCUAGUAACAUUUAAGGAAUACCUAAUCUGUGCAAGGUAAUGCUAAGACUGUAUUUUUUGUUAAAACCAUAAGAAGUGGAUUGAAGUUGAAUCCUGACAAGACAGAAGUACUGUUUUUGGGGGACAGGGGGCGGGCUGGUGUGGAGGACUGCCUGGCCCUGAAUAGGGUAACUGUGCCCCUGAAGGACCAGGUGCGCUGCCUGGGAGUCAUUUUGGACUCACAGCUGUCCAUGGAGGCGCAGGUCAAUUCUGUAUCCAGGGCAGCUGUCUACCAACUCCACCUGGUACGCAGGCUGAGACCCUACCUGCCCGCGGACUGUCUCGCCAGAGUGGUGCAUGCUCUAGUUAUCUCCCGCUUGGACUACUGCAAUGCGCUCUACGUGGGGCUACCUUUGAAGGUGACUCGGAAACUACAACUAAUCCAGAAUGUGGCAGCUAGACUGGUGACUGGGGGCGGCCACCGAGACCACAUAACACCAGUCUUGAAAGACCUACAUUGGCUCCCAGUACGUUUCCAAGCACAAUUCAAAGUGCUGGUGUUGACCUUUAAAGCCCUAAACGGCCUCGGCCCAGUAUACCUGAAGGAGCGUCUCCACCCCCAUCGUUCUGCCCGGACACUGAGGUCCAGCGCCGAGGGCCUUCUGGCGGUUCCGUCAUUGCGAGAAGCCAAGUUACAGGGAACCAGGCAGAGGGCCUUCUCGGUAGUGGCGCCCUCCCUGUGGAACGCCCUCCCAUCAGAUGUCAAAACAAUAAACAACUACCUGACAUUCAGAAGACAUCUUAAGGCAGCCCUGUUCAGGGAAGUUUUUAAUGUAUGAUAUUUUAGAGUUUUUUGGUUUCUAUGGAAGCCGCCCAGAGUGGCUGAGGAAACCCAGCCAGAUGGGCGGGGUACAAAUAAUAAAUUAUUAUUAUUAUUAUUAUUAGUGCAUUGUGUGAACAGACCAAUUUCUAUCUAGUUCAGCAUUAUUUGCAAGAAUCCCACCAACUAGAUGCUCUAUGCAAAAUUGGCUAGUAGUUCACGGAUGAACUUUAGUUUACCUUCCACCCACUCUUGGUUUCAACAAUCUUCAAUCUUCUUUAGACUGCAGCAGCUCAAAUUGAAGAAGCAUACAAAGAACAAAGAAAAGAGAAAGAGAGGCUUCUGAAACGCUUUCAAGAGGAGGUGAAGCACAGGGUGAACCAGCACAUCAAGAUGAGGAGAAAACACCAGCUUCAGAAGUCCUAUGAAGCAGUAAGACAGUGUCUCCUUAUAUCUGUUUCUUUUGUUAAUUACACACGUAGGCUCUUUUCUUGCAAGUAACAUUGUUUUAUAAGUAGAAGCUCAUGUGCAAUGGAAAAGAGUAUUAAUUUGGUUUUAGGAUUUGUGCUGAUAACUUGCAUCAUGAUGUUCCAAGCUGUGGCAUUCCAUUAAUCUAGGACCCAUAGCCCUUGACAUCAGGAGAGUGCAACCUUUUUUCCUGUCAAGGACCACAUUCCCUCAGGUGUCAUCUAUCGAGGACUGUAUGGCAUUGCUGAUGAGAGGAGUCAGAGACAAAAGUGUUCUGGAUUAAAUAAUCCAGAAUAAAGACUACCCUGAAUGGAAUCAUUCAUAAAUGAGCACAAGGAGGAUUUUUAUAAAAGUACAGCAAACUAAUGCAGCUACUGGUCAGAAAAGCAAGUAGAAUUAAUUUAUUUCUGGCUUCCAGACAAUUUUUUCUCCAAGCCAUGUAGUCAGUACAAAGUUAAAUAUAAAUAACUUAUUGAAAAUAAAUAAAAUAAAGUGCUGUCCUUCCAAAUUGUUCCCAAAGAACAUAGGAAGAGGUGGAAAACAUUUUUAAAGGUCAAGAAAAAUAAGAAGCAAACAGGAAGGGAUUUUUAUGGCAUGAAAUAAUGGGACAGCUUCAGGGGGUAUUGGAGACCACAUAAAAAGAGUUUGGGGGCACAGGUUGCCACUGUGCAGACCUGCUCAGCUUCAGCAUUUUUUGGCCUCAUUUGCCUUCCCUUCAGACCACACCUUGGAACAUCUCUCAAGUAUGCUCACUUCUGGUUUCCCAUUUUACUUUAUCACCAGAUAGGAAAAUAACAAGUUGAUAUCAGUCUUAGAAUCACUAGAAUCCACUGUAAAUGAAUAAGAUAAAGAGGUAUGACCUCUGAGGUCAGUUUUAUCACUUCAAACCCUUUAAAUGACUACCAUUCCUCAUAACAGCAGUGAGCUAGGAUGUGUCUACCGUCGUCUUAUUAUUCUGUUCUUUACCUUUUUCUUCUGCAGGCUCUUAAAGAAAGCUCUGUUGUGAUAGGAUUUUCAGAUUCUGCAUUACAAUUGACACCCAAGAAAAGCACGUGUCUGUACAGACAUAACACCGAUUCUGCUAUCUGUAGUACUGGUAAUAAAAUCAACUCUAUGCAGAGGCCUGAUUACGAGGGGGACUUGGAAGAAAAGGUCCUAAAUGUUCAGUUUUCAGAGCAUGCUAAAACUGUGAGUGUUUUCUCGCCAUAUCAACCAUUUGCUCUGUUGAGUUUUGUGGGCAUUUUAACCUUAAGUCUCAUUGGUAUAUGACGCCUCAGAUCUUAAGUAUCCGAUAAAUUGUCAGCAAAUGUAUUUUACUGAUGCAAAACUGAUAUAUACACAACUUUUAUUUGUACCUGAUUUAUUUAUUUAUUUAUUUAUUUAUUAUUUAUACAAUGCCCCUCUGGCUGGAUUUCCCCAGCCACUCUGGGCGGCUUACAACAUAUCUAAAAACAUAAUAAAAACAACAGUCCUUUAAAAUACCAUGUUUGUUCCGAUUUUUGCCCAGAAUGUGAGAUAUAUGCAGAAAUACUUGUAUUGCUCAGGGAAGACAGUUCAUACUUGCUACAGACACAUGAAGUACGGGAUCUUGGCUUUUGUGGCUACAGGCUACAUGAUUGAAAACAUUCAAAAUGAAAUGAAAGUUCUGGUAGAGAUAACCCUAAGCAGAGACUCACAUGAGUAUGUACUGUGCUACUUACUCACCCACUGAUGAGCACAUUUACAUGAGUCAAUACAUAUUGUGUAGCACUGAUAAUGCACCAUGAGAAGAAAGCCUUAUCAGUGCUUUCAUAGCAUGUUAUUGGGGUUCUGCAGUUCAUUGCAAGACAAAGAUCCAUUAGGGAGUAGAACAUGGGGUCCUUGAUUGCGGACUUUAAUACUUGUAGCAUGCUGCUCAGAGAGGCCUGCUUGAGUCUGUUCCAGAAUUAUUUUAAUGCUUUGUCCCCCAGACACCAUUUUUUACACAGACCUUCCAAGCUGUACAACAAGCUCAAAUCUGCAAGUACAUCUUUUCUAUCUAGCUCUUCUUGACUUAACAAAACAAAAUACUAAAUCUUCAUUAGGCUGUUGAAAAAACAAAAAGCAUUUCCAAAAAUCAAUACUUUCUAUUAUUAGGCCAUCUGUUUUUGAAUACGAUAAUACCAGCCUGCUUAUAAUUCUCGAUUAUGUGAAUAAUAAUUAUUUAUUUAUUUAUUUAUUAUUUAUACCGCGCCCAUCUGGGCGGCUUCCAACCAAAUAUUAAAAACAAUACAGCAUCAGACAUUAAAAACUUCCCUAAACAGGGCUGCCUUCAGUUGUCUUUUAAAAGUAAAAUAGUUGCUUAUUGCCUUGACAUCUGAUGGGAGGGAGUUCCACAGGGCAGGUGCCACUACCAAGAAGGCCCUCUGCCUGGUUCCCUGUAACCUCACUUCUUGCAAUGAGGGAACCGCCACAAGGCCUCGGCGCUGGACCUCAGUGUUUGGGCUGGACGAUGGGGGUGGAGACACUCCUUCAGGUAUACAGGACCGAGGCCGUUUAGGGCUUUAAAGGUCAGCACCAACACUUUGAAUUGUGCUCAGAAGUGUACUGGGAGCCAAUGAAGAUCUUUCAGAAACGGUGUAAUAUGGUCUCGACGGCCACUCCCAGUCACCAGUCUAGCUGCCGCAUUCUGAAUUAAUUGCAGUUUCCGAGUCACCUUCAAAGGUAGCCCCACGUAGAGCGCAUUGCAGUUGUCCAAGCGGGAAAUAACUAGAGCAUGCACCACUCUGGCAAGAAAGUCUGUGGGCAGGAAGGGUCUCAGCCUGCGUACCAGAUGGAGCUGGUAGACAGCUGCCCUGGCCACAGAACUAACCUGCGCCUAUUUUCUGUUUCAUAGGUAAGAAAAACUGUGCAACAGGUCCGUCGCAGGCUGGCUUCCCGGAAAUCUGUGUCAGAAAGUGAUUCUGCUCCAGAACUUCCAGGAGGUGCUUGGGAGAACCGCCUGACCAUACAGGUGACAACUAGAGGAAAUACUCUCUAUUUUGGUACAUUUUGCAAUAUUGUCUUUACCUACUUGGCUAUCUGUGAAGCAUGAUUGAGGCUCCAGUCCUUUAUACAAUUACCUGGGAGUAAUUGUAAAUAGACAAGUAUAGGUAAUCUCUGAGUUUCAACUUUUAUUUUGAGUUCCUGCUCUAUGCUUCUGGGUUUUCUGCCAUGCUAAUCUUCUCCAGUGCCCUCAGACAUACCAACAGAGGAAGCUGAUUUUGUGAUAAAUGAAGAAUGAGUUGGAUUCUACCACUUCUGAAUCUUUAGCAGAACUAUGCAUUAAGAUCAUAGGGCCAGUAUUUCUAAAGCCUUAUGUAGCUUUCCUAACACUAAUAAACUUUCUGUUUAAAAACAUAAUUGUUCAUAAUCUCAAAGUAAUACCAGCCCAGAGGACAAGGAGUGCAGGUUUUCAUUCAGACCAAGAGAUGUAUUUAAAGUGUGCUAUUGGGUGACUUUAGCUAGGUGAGUUCACACAGUCCACUUAAUGUGAUACCAAAUGUGUGUUUAGCCUUAUCUUCUAUUAGGUAAUUGCCUGAAGUGAUGAGAACAUGAUCUUAUGAUAGCUUAUCUAGCUGUUUACAACAUCAAGCAAUCAGGUGAAAGUUGUAGCUCUUAUGUGGGCAACUUGCCCUGUUAAGAGUGAUGUUUUGCCAUUUUGUGAAAAUGCGUGGCAGUGGCAUGACCCAGCUUAGGCAAUGCCAAAUCCCUAUGAAUCAGAAGGGAAAUUCAUCUGUGAUUUAAGGCACAGCAUGGGCGAAAAAGGUGAACUAAACCCUUCCUCCAAACAUAUUUUUUACCAGCAAGCAGGUUUUUUAAUGGCAGAUUUCUCCUGUAGCAUUAUUUCCCCUUCAGAGUUCAGCUGGGGUGGGGGGACUUUGUUCUCUUAAGACUGUUUUGCGGGGGGGGGGGGGUUGGAGGUGGGGCAAAUGAUUUACAUGUCCCUGACAUAUGGAUCUGCCAAUAUCCCGGUCCAGUUCACAUACCACAUUAAACAAAACAAGCCAGUCUGGCUUGUUGGGUCAUCUGAAUUGGAAUUAGUGGUUGAUUUCCUUGGACUCUGGCUUGCUUCGUCUGUGGCACAGCAGGAGCAGGGGAGAGUACUGUAGGAACGUUUUGAGCUUGCUGCUUGCUCACUACACUAUGGUUUAAUGUGACAUGUGAACCAAGCUGCUGUGUCUCAAGACUGGGGCAGGAUUUCUGAAGAGUAAACCAUCUCCCCUGUUUGGUUUGUGUAUUUAUUUUGAAUAACUUUAACUUUUAAAUCCUUUAUUAGGCAUAGCACACCACACAGUUACAAACAAACAUCAUAUACAGACUGUAUAAAAUACGGGCUCAGCGAACACAAUUUAUCCCAGUCCUAUUCUUAACUCCAAGAAAUAAAUCGAUGUACAUAGAUAAUAUAAUACAACAACACAGCAACAUCACCUACCAUUAAAAACCACUAAGUCUCUUUAUCAUGGCCCAUUCUUUCUUCAUGGACAGCACUUAAAAAUUCCGCCACUAUUAUAGUGGUUUGAUCAUCGCUGUCCGCCAGCAGGUCCUGAACAGUUGGUUGAGUAAAAAUCUGUCUAUUAACUUUUAGGGCCUCAAAUAAUUGUUUUCUGGCAUAACUACCAAAAUCACAGGAAAAGAAUAUAUGCUCUAGAGUAUCGGGUUCCUGUUUUCUGCAUUUGCAGAGACGCUCUGAUUCUGGGAUAGCUAAGUAUCUUCCUCUCACUACCGAGGGAAACAUGUUGAAUCUGGCCAACAUAAACAGCCUACACGAUUCAUGUUUCUUCAGAUUUGUCAUGUAUCCCUUUUGGAAAUCUCUACACAAAGGGAGAUUUAAGUGGAUAGGAGAGCAAGUGCUGUGCUUUGCAGCCUCAAGCAUGGCGAGAACACUUUUUUCUGUAAGAGUCUUCCUGAUAAUUUCCCAUAUGUCUUUGGGAUCAGAGGUUUCAAAAUCAAUUAGAGUGAGCCCUAUCGAAUCCAGUUUUCUCCUACAAAUCAAUGAUAGAUUGUAGAUUGCACUAUCACUUAAAAGAUUGUAAAGUAGAGAAUUAGGGGAUAGGGCUCUAUAAUGGAGGAAGAUCCAAUAUUUCAAGGUCCUCAACCAUGCUCUUACUGAUAAAGGCAAUAUUCCCAGCUCACAACAUAUUGUUUCAUAUUUUAUUUUGAAUAUUACAUGUACCAAUUUUCAAAUAAAAACUCUCUUAAGUGUCUAAUGCGGUGCAAAAUGACGUACACGUUUCAGUAAAGCUAUUCAGUCUCGGCAGGCUCAUGUAACAGGCUUUUGAAAUAAGGGCUUCAACUUUGUUUAGAAGCCAGCAUCUCCCAAGACAAUUCCAGGCAAUGCAGAAGAGGGUGACAGAGGCGAGUUUCUUCUUGUGGGACACCACGACCUUCCAGCUGAACUUCAAGGGCAGGAACAAGGACAGCGGAACAAAGACUCAUACUAUACAGUGCAGUUUCAGAAAGUAAGAUUUCUCCAAUACCGGUCUUGCAGCUGAUGUUAGCUGUACUUGUUCUGUGUUCUUGCUUUAGGAGAAUAUCGCCCUUGCUGUUCUCCUAUUUCCUUGUGUGAGAGGCUGUGACAUCGAAGGAGAGGAAGACAAUUGAACUCAUUCUCAUGGCAUGCAUGAGACUUCCUAUGUCUUCCUAGCUGCUUGCUUUCCUAUAGUUUGCUAAACUAAUUUUGAACCGCUCUUUAUCACAGGGAUGAGGAACCUGUGGCCAUCCUGGUGUAGCUUGAUUCCAGCUCCCAUCAGCCCCCAGCCAGCAUGGCUCAUAGAAAGGGAUGCUGGGGGUUGGAGUCCAACAUCUGGAGGACACAAGUUUCUCACCCCUGCUUUAUAGGACAGUGUAACAAUAAAAACCCUGGGAUACUGGGUUGGGUAUAUACUGUGGGAUGUAUUUACUAGAGCAGUCAACUACAACAUUUUCUUGCUGCCUAGAAUGGACACACAGGGAAAUGUGGCUCCAGACAGGACAUCCUGUCAUACCUGCUCUGGAGCUUCUUCCCCCUGUGUGUGACCAGGUAGAUAGGCGUGACCCUAGCUGACCAGAUUAAAGGGUUGGCCAUGCAACCAUCUCUCUUUUGGACUCUUAUUCUCUUACUCUUGGACUCUCAGCCAGCGCAUGGCUCAACCUUCACAUAGGAUGGAGCCCACAAGCCAAAAGUUUGAGAUGUAGCUCAGACUUCUUUUCACUGUAACCACAAGAAAAAUCCUGUCUUCAGAUUACUACUGUGAACUACUGGUAAAUGUAAGAAAAACUUUAUUCUUAUUUUUAAAUAAGACUGUGUUGUAGUAUUAUUAUUUUAAGAGGGAAAUAAAGGGGAAACUUACCAGGAACAAUCCAGACUGGACAAGCCAGACUGAAUUGCUUAAUUAGGAUUCUAACGAAUCAUCAACUUGCUUCCAAUAAGUUGCAAAGGGAAUGUGCUCUGCUGCUUACUCACUAGCAUGAGUGAGGAGGGAUAAUAUCAAAAUAUAUUAUCCCUCCCACCUUCCUUAACAUUCCCACAUAUACUUGAUACAUUGCAAUGGUUCUUUAAACAUUUACAGUCUACUAAACUAUGUUUAUUAUAUUAAUGCCCCAUUCUUUUAUGGGUUGCUCAUAAAAUGGACCAAUAAGAUUCAUGCCUUCUUCCCGACUACUUACUGGACUAAAAAAAACCCCUAAAAUACUGCACCAGAAAUUUAGAAUGUUACAUCAAACAUGGGAUAUGUUUUUUUCCAAAGCUGAACAGUUUAAAGUCCCAUUGACAUCCAUGAGAAAAUUAAGCAGAUGCAUGAACUUUUCCAGUGAACACCAGUGAAACAAAAAACUGCUUUGCUGUAGCUGGAUCGUGUCCAUUGCUGGGUUUUAUAUCAAUAUCUAUCUAUAUAAAUACAAAGUCUAAAAGAGGAGAAGGGCUAUAUGUUAAAACUUCAGAGGAAGCCUUUUAUGUAUUUUAAUAUUUUGUUGGUAUAAACAAAUUAUUAUUAUUAUUAUUUAAUGUAUGUGUGUCAAAAGGUGAGAAGUUAGCUACUUGCUCUGAUUUCCUUGUAGGUUAAUAAUGAGAUACUGAAAAGUACCUAUCCCACAGCUGACAAUGAACCUCGAGAUGCCAGGAUACUCUGGUCUGGAACAGAGAAAGAAGAAUCAAAGAAGCAGGUAUACAGUCUUGUAUUAAUUUACCUUGCAAAUGAAUUUUCAUGAGGAAACAAUGCAAGGCUGUGGUGACGGCAGUUGUGAUCCUCUGCCUCUCUGCUUACGUUUUAAGGGAUGUGGGAUAUUUUAAUGCUGAGAGUCAAUUGUGUGCUUGUGCACUUGCACACACACAUGCCAUCAUUAUAAAAAUAUGACUGCCACUGGUUAUAGCUGGGCAGAGAAAUCCAGUCCCCCAAUUUACUGUACUUGGGAGGAGAUGGAGGUAUCCCUUUGCUUGCCUUCUUCAGCAGGGCAGUUCUAUUGAUGACAGGGGAGAAUCCCAUUGCCCCCGCCCCAAAGGCAGAAGCUUCUUGCUGCGGUAGCAAACGGAAACCACUGAAAUAGGGUGUUUUGCGGGAGGUGAGGGAGCUGAUCUGGGCCAACACACGUUCUGUUGGAUUCAGAAAUGUUCCAGCUGCUCUCGGGUGAUGGUAGACAGCCCAAUCUGUGCCUCUUUGCUGUACCAGCCUGGGAGCUGACUUAGCAAAGAGACAUUCCCCCCCCUUCAUUUCCUCUCCCUCCCCCAGCCUUCCUAUCGGUGGGCUUUGGGUGGUGAUGUGGCUAUGCUGCUUCAAUAAGCCCUGCUGCCACAUCCCAAAUUACUGGGACUUAGGCCUAGGAUGGUGCUAAAGAGGUGUAAGUAGGGAGAAAGGGAGGGGCAAGAACAGUUCACACUCCUGUUAUUUUCUAGCAGCUGGUUAGCAGACAAAUGGUAAAAUUUCCUAGCUGGAUUCACUAUAAUAAAUCUCUAGUGCUGCCAGAAUUCAAACGUGGAGUUGCUUAAGUGCUGCCUCCUGCAUUUAACGUACCCAAACCUUUUAAAAGGCAGUUUUGGUACUACCUCUUUUAUAAAACAUCUCCAGAGCAGGCAAUAUAAAUAAAUAGAGAUGCAUUUCUGGUUUGGGACUUCAAGUGAGAUAUGAGCGACUGACAGAGUGUGUGUUCUUUAAAACCCAAGGGUAAAACUGAGAAUAAACCAGGCAUUAGAAUGUUACACUUUCAUAAAUGGGGAGUCACAGCAAAAUACGGGGUUGUGGUUUAAAUGCUGGCCAGCAGAGGGAAACCUGGUUCAGGAGGUCUUUGUGUCUUGUAACUGAACCACUUCAAUAAAUUGUAAUACCUUGACUGUAGUUGCAGAAUGCUGCCACUUUAUUGAGCUCUGUAAAUACACUUGUGGGGACAAGGACCAAAAAAUUCUUAUUAAACAAUAAGAGUAUGUAGUAUGAUAGAUCUUGUACAGGAAGAGCCCUGGCAGCUGCUUCUAUAGAUUGGCAUUUUGCACUUUUAAGCUCCUGGGGUAUUCGCAACAUGUACUCCUAAAUUCUAGAUUAUUUAAUCCAGAAAAAGUAAAUCCCUACUUUCUGGAAUCUCGGUUUUGUUUGUUAAAGUAAUGAUAAAGUACCCGGUGCUUCCUUGUCACUGCAAAAAUGAACGAACAAACACAGUUCCCGCUAGCAGAUGGGCAAUCUAGUAGAUGUGACUCGAAAGCACAAAGAGAAAGGGAGGACACUGUGAAAAUAAGUGCAUUAAAAAGAAUGAAUUCUUCACUGAUGUAAACGUUCUGUGAGUAGACGGAAUAGUUACUGCUGGAGAGAAUUCAGGCAGAGAGGGAGCUAAAUGUCAGUGAGACCAAGCCUCUCUCUUGGUUGCAGCCAGGUGGAAUGGUUGCUAAUAGUUCUCUGUAUAGCAGCUGGAGCAUGCUAAGUGUGCCGUGUCCACUACUGCUCUGAAAUGCGUCUUUUUUCUGUAGCGCCAAGGCCAGUACCUGAGAUACAGGCGCCUCUUCAUGGAUAUUGAAAGAGAACAAGUAAAGGAGCAGCAAAGGCAGAAGGAGUGGCAGAGAAAAAUGGAGAAGUACGUGUUCCACACAUGACCAUCUUUUUGCUCUCAGUUUAUUAGGGCCAUAUCAUGGCAGCCGUGAAGUCACUGGAAACCAUAAACCUAUUUUUGCUGUUAAGAUAAAAAGGGUGAAAGUGCCAAAAGAUAAAAUAAUUUUUAUAAUUAAUGAGAGCCUCUUCGAAUGCAUCCAGGUGGAUUCCUUCAGUCUCCUCAUAGCAUAGAGAUCACGCAAGGAAAAUGCACCUUGAGGCAGCUGUGUUUUCGAUAACACGUGAAGAAUCUUGUAUUUCCAUGCCAGAUUUAUGUUUAUUUGUUUCAGUUUGCUAACUGGGUGGGGAGGAGUUAGUUAUCUUGUUUAUAAUUAUUUCGGAUAAGGUUGGCCUGCCGUUACUCCCAUGGCUUUUAUAGAUGAAAAUUUUACUAUGAUGCAGUAAAGUUCGUUCAAAUAUUGAAUAUUAAGGAAAUUGCUGCAGUGGGGAGAGACGUGUCAAAUGAGAUAUUUUCCUUCAGCAGCAUGGCUUUGUUAAGUAAAUAUUUUUACUUUCUUGUGCCUAUCCUCUCUAUUUGAAUAGCUUUGAUUUAGCGAGUUGGCAGCGGAGGGACCCUGCUCAUUCAGACAAAGGUCCAUAUAGUUCAGCCUGCUGUUUUCAGUUGCCAUCCAGGUGUCUCUGGGAAGUCCACAAGCAGGGCAUUAGGCCUCAUCCACUUCUCUCCAGCAUACUGCUUCUGAAUGUGGAAGUUCCAUUUAGCACUUAUGGAUCAUAACUGCUUUGAUGGAGCUUUUAAAGCCGUUUAUAAUUUAAAGUGAAUAAAGAAGUAGCAGCUCCUAUACAGAACACCCUCCUAUGGGAGAUUACAUUGGCUCCCUGUUUGCAAGUACAGUGGUACCUCGGGUUAAGUACUUAAUUCGUUCUAGAGGUCCGUUCUUAACCUGAAACUGUUCUUAACCUGAAGCACCACUUUAGCUAAUGGGGCUUCCUGCUGCUGCUGCGCCGCCGGAGCACAAUUUCUGUUCUCAUCCUGAAGCAAAGUUCUUAACCUGAAGCAAUAUUUCUGGGUUAGCGGAGUCUGUAACCUGAAGCGUAUGUAACCUGAAGUGUAUGUAACCUGAGGUACCACUGUAAUCCAGCUUGCUUGAAAAUGUUUGUUUUUCAGUCACCUUUUGGGGUUUUUUGGCAUAGGUUUUUUGAGGGUUAUUUGUUACUGGUGAUUUAUUGAAGAUAUGCAUAAUAUAAAUGUUAUUUAUGAAUUAAACAAAUAAUUAGUUCAAAAAUCGACUUGUGCAGGUUUAUUAAUAUUACUUGCUUAUUGCUCUUUCUCGGGAUUCAAAAACAUUACAGCCAACCUUAAACCAGUCCUGUAAGGUUAGACCAGAAUUUCCCAAACUUAGGUCUCUAGCUGUUUUUGGACUACAACUCACAUGAUCCAUAGCAGGCAGGAUCAGUGGCCAGGGAUGAUGGGAAUUGUAGUCUAAAAACAUCUGGAGGGCCGAGUUUGGGGGUACCUGUUCUAAUUCUUAUGCCUGCGCUAUAUAGUGUGUGAUCUUGUGAAAGAAUAAAUAGAAUUACACUUCUUGCCCAUAGAAUAAAGAAGGAAAAGGAGCUUCGACGCCAUGCAGAGGAACAGAGGAUGCAGGAGAGACAGAGAGUACAAGAGAGGCACUAUGACAAUGAACCGAGGAUACAGGAGACAUACCAGGCAGGGGAACUGAAGAUACAAGAGGGGGCCUCCCAAGGAGAUGUUAAUGCCAAAGGGAAAGCUUAUGAAAAACUGGAACAUCUUAAACUAGGGGAUAUGCUGGAGAAGAAAAAGGUAGCAGAAAGGCAACAGAGAAAUAAAGAAUAUUCAAGGUGAGCUGAAAUAUUCAAGGGGGGCUUUGUUUCUCUUCCUAAAACCCCAUAUGCAGCAACUGAGAGCACAUUCUACAGACCAAAUGCCCAUCUAGUUCUGCAUCUCUUUCCCCACAAUGGCAAACCAGUACACUGUGCUGACAAGAACCCUUCCCUCCCUUGUUUGUCCCCAGCAGCUAUAUUCAGAGGGAGGACAUAUUGACAAGGACCACCACCAGCAAAGAUAGCUGAACUCCAGUAGACCCCAGGUGUUCCUGAGAGAUAGGUACUAUGUGGUCAGUCACACUGCAACAUCAGCCAACAUCCCCGCAAGUCAUCAGAGCAAUUGCAGCAGCUUUUGGCAGCCAGCAAAGCCACUGCAAUGGCUGCGGCCAAUCGCAGCCAACCACCAAAGUUAGUGGUGGUUACAGGGCUAUGUGGUCAUGUGAGUCAAUGCAGUACUCAAGGACUGCAAUGAACCCAGGUGCCUGCUCCCCAUAUUCAUCUGGGCAACCUAAUUGCAAGGUCUAAUAAUUGGUCUGUCCAUAAGGGAUCCGUAUGCCAUCAGUCACCAACACACAUACAAAACACCCAUUAGGGAGGUUAGGCUGCCCUCAUCCCUGAAUACCCUUAGGCAGGCAGUGAAAUCAUUUUUAUUACAGUUCUUCAUUAAAGAUUGAGUGUUUUGACUCGGCUCUUUUUCUUUAAUGCCUCAAUCCUGUUAUUGUUUAAACUGGCUUUGCUUUGUGUUGGUAAACCACUUUGGGGGCCCUUUUCAGGGCCAAAAGUUAGUAUCCAUCUGUUUUUAAUAGACGAAAGUAAGGGUGUUUUUGUGUGUGUUUUGUUUCAGAUAUGCAGAAGCAUUACGAGCCCAGAUGCGAGAGAAGAUCAAAAUGUAUAAUAUCAGCUUGCCUCUGCUGUGCUUCUGUGGGACAGAUUUCUGGGACUCUCAUCCUGAUAGCUGCGCCAACAAUUGUGUGUUCUACAAAAAUCACAAAGGUACAAGGUUUUCUGACAUUCUUUAUCACUGGCAUCUGUUGCUCCUCCCGGCAGCUGUUUAGCAUUCCUCAUGUGGAGGAGGAUACCAGCGUAUUUUGAAACACCUAGUGCCUAGCAGAGUAGGUUGCAGUCUCAUGAAAGACAGAAAUGGCGGUGGAUUUUUAAUCAGACACCAGCUGGAACUUGUUCUGAAGGACUCUGCUUAAGCAUCCAUCCCAUGGCAUUUUCUUUUCAACUAUCCUUUUCUCUUUGUAGUUUCCGUAUAGGGAAUACUUUGGGGUAUUCCAUUAGCCCUGCUCAAGCUACAGAACAUCUUAGUUCUGUGAGUAGAAGGGCUUUAAGACUAGGCUGCAGCAGCUGGUAAGCAACUAAUGUUGCCAUUCACAUUGUUUUUACUAGUAAGCCUGUGGUUGGACAUAUACAGUGGUACCUCGGUUUUCAAACAUCUCCAUUUACAAACGUUUUGGUUUUUGAACGCCGUAAACCCGGAAGUAAAUGCUCCGGUUUUCAAACACUUUUUGGAAGUCGAACAUGCCACGCGGCUUCCAUAUUGAGUUUUCCGUAAAUAAAUGCUUUGGUUUUCGAAUGUUUUGGAGCUCAAACGGUCUUCCAGAACGGAUUACGUUCGAAAACCGAGGUACCAUUGUACUGGAUCCACAAAUAUGCAUUCUAAGCCAAGACUCUUCUACCAAGGUUGCAAUGUAGCAGCGCUUGCCUAUGCCUAUUAGCUUGUUCUAAAACUUUAAACUAUUUCCCCAAGCUGUUGUCUUCCUAGCAACUGCAUCUCUGAGCAGUCAUGCUAAAAACUUGCCUGCUGCUCAGUGGCGCUGUGGCAGUUCCCAUGGAUCCUGUGAAUGUUCUUCACGUUGGGAGACACAUCUUGGUCAAAAGCAAAGGGUUGUCUUCUUUGCUCAAUUCCUGAUUCAGCAAGUAGCUGUAGAACAAUACCAAUGCUGAGUUAACUGUAUCCAAGUUAACAACAUUUACAUAAGAGCAGCCCUGGAGAAUUAGAGCAAAGGUCCCUUUAGCAUCCUGUUCUUCGCAGUGCCUAACAGCUGCAUCUGUUUAACCACAAGCAGGAUAUGAAGGCCACAACACUUCUCCAUAGUUGCCUGCUAGCAAUGCCAAUCUAGUGGCAUUUAGUAUAGCCAUUUUUUCCAGACCUACCCUCCAUGAACUUACCUAAAGCCCUCAAUAAAUCAUUGGUCACAUCUUGUGGCAAUGAACUCCUCAAAUCAUGGAUUGCAUGAAAAAUAUUUCUGUAGGUACUGAAUCCUUGUCCUAUAUUGUGGGAUAGGGUAUAGAAGUCAUCUACCAUCACACUACGUAUAAUUUUAGAAACCUCUUCUCGUGCUUUCUCCAUCACCUCCUCCCCACCUCUUCUUUCUUUUUCCCAAGCUUAUACCAAAAGCUAAUUUUGUUCCAUUAUUUUUUCAGCUUAUGCUCAGGCUCUGCAAUCUGUCAUCUCAUCUUGCAAUGUUAUUGAUGGGGGUUCAAACACAAGACUUGCUGCUCAUACAUUUGCUACCGUCCAUGCUCGUGCUAAAAAUUCCUGAAAGAGGACUUCGGAAUUGGUUCUACCCAACGCCCUGACAGUUCAGUCAAGUUGUCUGCAAGUAGGUGAUUGGCAUGCAAGUCUCGCCGCCUCCUGGAGUGUGCCCCAGGUCCUAAUAAAAAUAAAUUGGAAAGGAGUCCUGUCCCAAGGUACUUCCUUUCCGUUCUCAUGCCAAUACUGUGUGUUUAUCUCGUCCUACAAGUUACUAAUAUGUCAAACACUAAAACUUCAUGCAUGGAACCUAUGAUGCGUAGAAAGAGGACUUGGCUCAGACAAACCCAGACCUGCUUACAGGCAUAUGCAAGAGUAACUUAUUGCACUCCAUGGUUCAAGCUUUGCUUUUGAUGCUGAGUGAGAGGCUCUGAGGAGCAGCUGUAUCUAAUUUUUGUCCAUUUUACAAGGCUUGCCUCUUUUUUCUUGCUUUUUUUUUUAAAAAAAGAAAAACUCCAGGCUUUCAGAAUGCAUAUUGUGAAACUGCAACAUGCAGAAAGUUUCUAAGAGAGGGUGAUCGUUCCAAAAGGAUAGUUGUUGCUGAUAGCGAUGAUGCUUAGCAAUGUUUAGAUCUGAUGAAUAAAGAAUUUCUGCAAAUGUGAAUUUUGUGAAAGUAUGUGAUUCAACGUGUUUCUGAAGGUGCUGUUAUACCAGAAUUUCUAUUUGAGUCCAUGAUUUAGAAACUAAGAGGGCAGGCAAGAGUCUUGAAAUGGUACAACUUCCUUUCCCUUUUUGAUAAGUUGAAUCCCUAUUUCCGACAGGAACACUUCUGGACACAUUCUGCUUCUCAAACUGUUCUACGAAGUGAAACUUUGAAGUCAAGCCUUUAAUUGUUGUUUGCAAAAAAAAUAAAAAAUUGUUAUGAGAUGCCAGGUUGUUUUAAUUCAUUACCUUCCCUGCUGUAAAUAUUAGUAUUUGUAACAAGGAGCAUUCUUUACCUUACAGGAUGAUAGUACUCUGGUGUUGACCCAUUCCAAUAAAAAUAUUUCCAUUUUUU